AUGGCGGCAGGUUUUCGAGUGAUCUCAACAACUACAAUCCAAGCAGGAAGAUGCGUUAAUCAUGAAGAUCCACCCAAAAAAAUCGACCUCAAUCCAUGGGGUCUUCGGUUUCUGCUCUAUGAUUAUGCUCAAAAGGGUGUUCUUUUCCACAAACCUCCCAUAUUAUCACCGUCAAACCACACACGGACACUGAUACAGCACCUUAAGGACUCGUUUUCUUCAACCCUUGACUUCUUCUUGCCCCUCGCCGGCCGCCUUGCCAUCGUCCGCCACGGCGAUGAUGGCACCUCCUCCGUCUUCAUCACUUGCAACAAUGCCGGAGCAAGCUUUGUUCAUGCUAUUGCCGAGAACACGACGAUUGCUGACAUUCUUGAACCCGUUUAUGUUCCUCCGGUUGUCCAAUCCUUCUUCCCACAAAGUAAUUCCAAAACCUUCGAAGGGACUCGGAUCCCAUUACUGGCUGCUCAAGUUACAGAGCUUGUGGAUGGCAUCUUCAUUGCUUGCUCAAUAAACCAUUGUAUUGCUGAUAUGAAGACGGUAUUGUUUUUCUUGAAUACGUGGGCUAAGAUCUCCCGAGAUGGUUUAAACCUCAUGGAUUCAAAAUCGAAUGGUUUAAACCACAUAGAUUCAAAUUCUAAUGUCGCUUCAUUCGAACAAUGGUUUCCUCAUGGGAAUAUCAAACGACCUUUAAGAAUCCCAUUCAGGGAAGCAAUGGAGAAUUAUAGUAAGCAGUACACUCAGCCACCUCCAUUCCCCAAGAGGAUCUUCCACUUCAAAAGGGAAAAAAUCGCUGAACUCAAAGCUAAAGCUAAAUCAGAGGUCGAGGAUGGUGUCAUCAAGAACAGAAUCUCUUCGCUACAGGCUGUUAUCGGCCAUAUUUGGGGGUCUGUGAUCAGAAACCAGCAUCUUGAUCCAGAGGAAGACGUAACUUACAGAUUCGUUGCGACUUCGGAAUCGAGAGUCUCUCACCCACCAAUACCAGACAACUACGUCGGGAACACUGUGCAAUUCACGCGUCUGACGAUGAAAGUAAGGGAUCUGUUGGGAGAUGGAGGACAUGGGAAGUUUGUUUCGCAGAUGAACAAGAUCGUCUCAUCAUACACACAAGAAAAGAUCAAGAGGGAGUUUGAAGAUUGGGUACAAAAUCCAACAAUAAGUUUUCAGAGUGGCACAAUUGGGAAUGUUUUGGCAACCGGAAGCUCCACCAGGACCAACUUCUACACGGUUGAUUUCGGCUGGGGACGGCCGGCGGUGGUUCGAAGCAGCAUCGCCAAUACAAAUGUAUGGAAGCUGAUGACUGAUGUGGGAGCAGAAGAAGGUAGCUUUGACAUUGAGGUGAACGCUUCUUAUGAGAUUCUGGAAGCUCUAGGAAGGGACCCUGAGUUCAUGAGUAUGGUGGAUUAGGGUUCUCCGGUGAAUCAACCAGCGCACGAGGUCGACGAUACUAUGAUGGAAAGGUGAAGGAGCGAUUGAUGAAACGUUUGUU